CUUAGCGUCAACAUUUGAACCUCCAGAACUCACCACGUUUAUCAGUCACGGUUGGUUUUAUCUUAGACCCCACCCGGCACGCCGCAACUGAACCAGCUGGCUAUCUUUCGUGCCCUUGUGCCCAAGCUGUAUCUGCAGCCUCUAUUCGAUUAACCAGAAACGCCCCCUCUAUUGUCUUUUUUCGGUCGUCCGCUCCGGCUGGCCCACCACUCUCCCUCUUCCGAAGAUCCACGCCUCGACGCACCCUCACUGCGCCCAAGGAACAAACCAAACAUAAAACGGGAGCAGCGCAUUGCUGCCACUGAUUGAGACCCGAGUUUCUCUGGGGGCGAUCGCCGAUCAAAACCUGCUGCGAUGCCAUCCGCCACCGCAUCCGGGGUCGACAACGGGGGUGCUGCGAAAUCCCGCGAACACAACCAGGGCAACCAGGACCGCAAAUACACACCCGAGCAGAAGGCGGCCGUCCUGCGGAUUCGGAAAUGCUCGACCACGGCGUUCUACGAGAUCCUGGCGGUGGAAAAGACCGCCACCGAUGGCGAGAUCAAGAAGGCGUAUCGCAAAUUGAGUCUAUUGACGCAUCCCGAUAAGAAUGGAUAUGAAGGAGCGGAUGAGGCUUUCAAAUUGGUAUCUCGUGCUUUCCAGGUCCUGUCUGAUGCGGAGAAGAAAGCCAAGUACGAUAAAUUCGGUGGGGAUCCGGACAGCAGGUUCACCCCCAGCGCUGGACCUUCGGGGGCCUCGCCCUUCAGUGGAUUCGGCGGUGGAUUCCCCCGGUCAGGCGGCGGUGGUGGUCCGAUGUUCGAGGAGGAGAUCUCGCCCGAGGAACUCUUCCAGCGGUUCUUCAGCGGUGGCUUUGGCCCCAUGGGAGGGGGUUUCGGCGGUCCUCAGUUUGUCUUCAACAUGGGCGGUGGCCCCGGGUUUCGGGUACAUCAGUUCGGAGGCCAGCGGCCUCGGAGAAGACCUCGCGAAGCCAAUGGCCAGUCCGAGCCGGCUCCAUCCCUCUGGUCGACCUUCCAGCAGCUCCUCCCUCUCAUUCUUCUCUUCGUUCUUCCUUGGAUCUCUUCUCGAUUCUCUGGCACCCCUACUCCGUCCGGUCCCUCGUACCGGUUUGACGCCGCGGUCUCUCCCCACACGCUGCAUCGCACAACGCCUAAGCUGAAUAUCGAUUACUUCGUCAAUCCGAGAGAUGUGGAUGACUAUAGCGCCCGCAAGUUCCGCCAGCUGGACCAACGGGUGGAAGUGGACUACGUGACGAAAUUGCGGUAUGAAUGUGAUAGCGAGAUCCACACGCGGGAUCGCAUGAUCCAGGACGCUCAAGGGUGGUUUUUCCCGGACGUAGAGAAGAUCAAGGAGGCACGGUCGAUGGAGUUGAAGAGCUGCAAGCGACUUGAUUCGCUAAAGGGAAGAUACUGAUAUCCUGGCUCUUGUGGCUGCUACACUUGUUCCUGUUCGUUCUCGGGCGCGGUUGGCUUCGCAUCCAUUGUUUACUAAUGUUCCAUACAAUUGUCCCAUGAAAUUGGGCUCUAUCACGAUCAAGCCUUUCUGUUUUGUUCUUCAGCUUAGAUGUCUAUAUGUUCUCACGGUUGUGAUGGCGUUCUAUGGGCAAACAACGACUUCUUUUAUUGCGGUGGGGUCGAAUUAGGGAAUUAGUGUUUUGACGAUUAUUGUUGUGAGGGAU